AUGCGGCGGCUGCUGCAGCAGCGGUUGGGGGGCUGCUGCCCCUCGUUGCUGCUGCUGCUGCUGCAGCUGCUGCAGCAGCUGCUGCUGCUGCUGCUGCUCGCCGUCUCUCUAUCCUCUUUACCUGAAGCUCUAUGCUUGAGGACCACUCACAGCAGCAGCAGCAGCAGCGGCAACAGCAGCAGCAGCAACAGCAGCAACAGCAGCAGCAGCAGCAGCUUAAGCGAGCCUACAGAGACGAAUGCAGAUAAACCCUUGCCCCUAGGGGAUGAGCCACGCAAAGAGAAGUGGUUAGUGCCUUUCUUUAUUCUUCUUGCUUUUGUUUUGGGGGCCCUUAUGACGGUCCUCAUCAUACACUGCGCUAACAUGCGCUCCCAGCGAAAGAGAGAAGCUAUAAGAGCCAAAGAAGCGGCCCCAGAGAUAUUCAACAAUUCAGAUACAGAGGCACCAACACCCCGCGAUAGACACGGCAUAUGGGAAACACCAGGAAAGGAGAAGCAGCAGCAAGAGGCUGCAGGAAGCCUCUUGGUGCCUGAGAACUCCUACUGA